GUGCGAUGACCAUGUUGGUUAAUUACGUCGUUUAAAGUAUAUGUUAUUUUCAUUCUCCAAAAACUACACGAAAUGUUGUAUCGAUUUUAUCGUUUGGGCCGUGAAAAUGCGGGGGCAUCGUUUAUAAAUAUUUCAAGGCAUUAUGCAAAAGCAGUUGCAAAUGCACAACGAAAAGAAAAUGAUGUAAUUAACGAUAAAGUAGAAAAUAAGGAAAACAGGACGCCGAUAGUAUUAUGCAAAAAGAGAAGGUACAAUUUUUAUAAAGGUGAUACCUUUAACAAGAAGCAGCCGGUGUUAGCUAGCCAUGGAUGGAAAUCCCGAGAUUCUAGAGACGAUCAUUUUAUCAUAUAUCCUUAUGGCAAUAAAGAUGGAAAAAAAGAAAAUGAGGGAAAUGACGUUGGAACGUUUGAGGAUUUGAAUUUGUCCUCUUCUGUGUGUAACAACGUGGAAAGUUUAGGCAUGCAGAAACCCUUGGAAAUCCAGAAGUUGGGAAUACCGGCAAUUCUUCAAGGUUGUAAUGUGCUAUUAGCUGCAGAAACAGGAUGUGGGAAGACUUUAGCUUACCUUCUACCUCUGGUGACUAAAAUUUUGGAAUGGAAGCAGGUCGUGCAAAGGAAUGUCAACUCUCCGUUGGCUUUAAUUGUGACUCCGUCCAGAGAACUAACAGUACAAAUUGCGCUGGAACUGAUCAAACUAUCUAAACCUCUUGACAUUAAAACAAAAAUAAUCACCGGUGGGAGAACAAAAAGAGCAUUAUCGAAUCCUCCUGUUAACCAUAUUGACGUUCUUGUUGGCAGUUUUGGAGUUGUUAGUAAACUGAUUACAUGUGGUGUUUACAAUACUGAAUUUGUAAGAUUCAUUGUCCUAGAUGAAGCAGAUACUCUUUUUCAUUAUACAUUUGAGGACAAAUUACGAGUUCUCAUGAAUAAGCUACCUGUUGGAUACUUUCAAGAAAUAUCUGAAAAUGGAUUUGCUAAAACGGCUCAACUUAUUUUAGUUUCUGCAACAAUUCCUUUGCGUUUGGAAGACGUUUUAAGUGGAAUUGUAAAUCCACAGUCCUUGAAACAUGUAACAACAGAUAAAUUACAUAAAAUAUUGGUUCCACAAAAAUUUAUGAGAAUGAUACCGAGUAAAAAACCUAUGGAGCUUUUGAAGUAUAUAAGACCGAAAGUAUUAAAUAAAGAACGUGUAAUUGUAUUCACGAAUCAUAAUAGUACCUCCUAUUGGCUUUACUUGUUUUUACAAGAGUGCGGUAUUAAAACUACCAAUUUAAACGGUGACAUGCCACUCUAUGUACGACAAGGAAAAUACGGGGAAUUUUUAAAUGGCAAAACAAUGGUGUUAUCAACGACAAAUGGAGGAUCUAGAGGUUUAGACACGUUGAUGGUUCAACAUGUUUUAAAUUAUGACUUUCCACUAGACACGGCCGCUUACAUUCAUAGAUGUGGCAGAACUGGCAGAGUGGGUAGCAUAGGUGAUUCCAGAGUAACAAAUUUUAUUUCCAAAAAAGGGGAAGUUUUUAUGGUUCAAAAGAUUGAAAUGGCAGCUAGAAGAAUGAAACCAAUACCUGUUUUUAAUCUGUUGGAUUCAAGUAGAGAAGCGAGAGAAAAAGAAGAAGAAGAAAAGGAAGAAGAGGACGAUGAAUGUAUUAACGAAUUAAUCGAAAAUCUAGACAAUCCAGAGGAUAUACCAUAUUGA